UUGAACUAGUUUCAGUUUGAUAUAAAUGUUUCUAAUCAGGUCUUUAAAUCACUCAUCAAAGAGAGAGUUUGGAGAGAUAGAGAUGGGAGAUAGAGCUGGUGUACUGGAGGUGAAGCUGAUUGAAGCAAGAGACCUCAAAAACAUGGAUUUUGCUGUGAAGAUGAACACAUACGUUGUGAUCGAAUAUGGAAAUCAAAGGCAUACAAGCUGCGUUGCUAAAGGAAAAGGAACGAAACCAGUGUGGAAUGAAACAUUUAGAUUCGAGGCGGAGUAUCCGGGUGGGGAUGAAAAUCACAAGUACAUGCUUCAUUUUCGUAUCAUGAAUACACAUAAGAUCUUGGACCACGACGUAUUUGUUGGCCAAUCUACAAUUUAUGUGAAGGAUUUGAUAGCUUCGGGCACGGACAGAGGGAAUGCUGAACUUCGAAGCGCCAAGUAUAGAGUUGUUCUUCAAGACAAGACUUAUGCCGGAGAGAUCUCUGUUGCUUUAUCUUUUUCCAUAAACCAAUAGAGCACCUUAUUUAUCAAAGGCUGUGCUCUGUCAUUGUAUUUAUAAUAAAUUAUGCCUUUAUAUUUGUAAAAAUUAAUUCUUUCAUUAUUCAACAA